AUGGACGUUCAUCAAGACGAGCCUAUGACUCAAGAGGAGCUGAUCCAGCGACUCAACGAGCAACGCGAUUCGUUGGCUGCGCGUCUCAACACCCAUGGGGCACAGAUCGAUCCUGACAUUGGCCUCCUGCUACGUCGCACGGCAGACAUUUACAAUCAGCAGAAGAGUCAGUGGGCCUCAUAUGAGAGCAGAAUUCAAGAGCUCGAGAGCAAGAGCGAGGAGAAUGAGCGCCGUCGAGCAGCAGCGGAGGACGCAGAGUCUAGGCUGAAACACACGCAGGAAGUCAUGGGUGUGAUACUUGGCGCAACCAACGAGAACGAACUCCGAGAGAAGAUGCAGCGGCUGGAUCUGGUUGAGUCCAUCUCACAGAACGUGGAUGGUCUUCGUGGCGAGGUCCAGCAGCUGCGUGAAGAAGUUUCCAGCGCCAUAUCACUAUCGAGAAAGCGUCAGAAGCUAGCGGAAUCGUCUUCUCGUUCGGAACUCACAGCUUCACAACGUCGAGUCAGCUCAGAUGACAUGGGCGAUAUCAACAUGGAUGACUUCCACGAAGGCCUGCCUGACAUUGCAGGGCGCCCGGCGGCUCAAGCUUCCACAGCACAGAGUACUUUCACUGGCAAUUGGCCCUUCGCUUCCUCCACCGGUCACGGUGUCACUGGCCUUGGAGGUGGUGUAGGUUUCACCGGCCCGUCCGCUCAUUUGAGUGCGACUGAUACCUUUACCACCGCAAGCGCCACCGCUCAGCCCACCGUCUCCGGAGUUUCAACCUCCGCAGGCUCAGCCGCGCCUUUCUCCAGCACGGCUGCCCUCUCAAGCGCUACCGUACAACCCACCGCCUCUGGAUCUGCCACCUCCGCAGGCGCAGCUCCGACUGCAACCGCAGCCUCAGCCGCGGUUGCACCAAUUCAGAAAGAGCCUGGAUGGCGUCAGUCCAAAGCUACCAACCUGAAGCACUCUCUUGCAGAUGUGAUCUCGAACCUCGAUGUUCUUGAUCCUCUCACUGGCAACAUCGUUUCCGCGAACAAUCUCGGAAUCAACUUCGCCCCCGAUGACUUGGCAGAUUUCCGCACGAAAGCAGGUUUGGAAAGCCUCCUCACGCCUACGACCCAGUCCCGGUGCCUGGUCCGUAGGCUCCGUAGGUCACAACCGACUGAGAUGAACAGCGAUGCCACAGAGGCGUGUGAUCACUGCAUUUAUUACGGAGCAGUCUGUGUGAAAGGUUUCACCGAUGAUGACGGGUCUCAGCGACGCAUCAUCAUGCCUCUUCCUCAGGUUCGACGUAUUGGCACUGUGAGCAGUGAUCGUGGGAUGUAUGUGACGGCGCCGCAAGGACCACUCGCCUAG